AUGGAUCAGCUUGUGUCCUUCGAAGCCCUCCUCUUCCCAUCCGACGGUCGCAACCCUCAUAUGGUCCCCCUCAUGACCAGCCCCGCGACGGUGCAGGAUCCACUAGCACCGUACAGUGGACUGCCUGUCCGUAUGCCUCAUCCCGAGGUCUACAUGGACUACAUCGCCGAGGGACUUGGACCUCGCGCUUGGAGCUACCACCUUGUGGAAGCGUUGGAUUGCAUGAACAAGAAGUUUACGCAUCCAUAUGUUAUAUUCUACCCAGUCGUGUCCCGAGACGGAAUGCCCUUCCCAGUCAACAAGUUCAUCCGCGAAAUUCAGAUUCAGGGGAAAUCAUUCCGAGAGGCAACCGCGUGGCGAGGCAAUAUCAUCGUAGCAAAAUACCGAGAGAGCCCCUUCUCGUCAAUGGUAAAUGGAUCCAUUGCGGAUUUCCCUAUCCUGAGAAAUUACUUCUUAACCCACGGAGUACCUGGCGCGCAGACACCACUGCCAAUGAAUCAGGGCCAUGUUAAUGCCAUCCACUCUGCAUCCCUCUAG